CUUCCUUCCCUCAGUCAUACUCACCCUCACGACUUCGCCAUCAUCUACAACAUGUCGGAGAUAGAGGAGAUUGAGGCCCGCCUGGCUAAGCAGCUGGAGGAAUAUCGGAGCAUCAUACAAGGCACAGACCUCUACGAGUAUAUGGGGAAUCGCGUGGUGGAAUCCCGAACCACGAGCGGUAACUUGGUCGCUGUGAAAGUGAACCGGAAGGAAGACUACAGGCGAUCGGAAGCUGAAAUGAUGCAGUAUGCCCAUGAAAAAGGGAUCCUCACACCUCGGGUACGCGGUUGCUAUGAUGUGAAGAGGGGUGUCAUAGCCACAGUGACUGACCGGGUGCCUGGCGAUUCGCUUGAUAAAGUCUGGCACACCUUAACCAAGUCUCAGAAGAAAAACAUUGAACUCCAACUCAAGCAGCAGGUACAAGAGAUGCGGAAACACACCCAGCCGUAUAUUGGCCGUAUUGGCAAUGUCACGACAUAUAAUUUCUUUGACCGCCUGCACAAUAAUGACAUGGGUCCCUUUGCUUCAGAAGAGGAAUUUGAUGAGUGGUGCUUUGCCAGAGUUAAGUUUCCUUACCAACAGGCAUUCUGGAAGCGAUACUUGCCUAAGAUGAGGAAGAAGAGGCCUUCAAAAUUCGUUUUGACACAUGGUGAUCUGUCUGCGCGGAAUAUUAUGGUUCAAGAUGGCCAGCUCACCGGCAUCAUCGAUUGGGGGUACAGUGGAUUUUUCCCUGAAUACAUGGAGUAUGCCUUGGCAACGGUCAUUCAUGAAUCUAUAGAGGAUUGGUGGCUUCCCGUGCUGAAAAGGGUGCUGGAGCCCUCUGGGUACCUCCGGGCCAAAUUUAUCGCUACCAUCAAGGAUCGAGGGUGGUAGUCAUCCUUCUUCUCUUGUUCUCUCUCUUAUCUGUCUCCUUGUCCAGUUUAUCCUGGCGUCAUGCGAGCCUCUCAUGUCAUUGAUAUGAUUUCUGUUAAAGUUGUUCUUAACUCGCCACUGUGUACUUCUUAUGUUCCCUCAUGUUUCCUCAUGUCUACGCUAGAUACCCACCCCUACAUCGUGCCCCCGAAGGGUGUCUUACACAUACAAUUUAGGCCGAGGCUGUUUCAAUUUGUGCACUAUGAUCUUUUUUUUUUUUUUUAUCAAUGACAUACACACAUACACAUAUCUCAAUGUUUAUAUCCGG